AUUUCUCCUUUCUCGUUAGGUCGAGUUUGUUCAGCGAGCGUUCAGCAGAACAAUACUGAGAUGGGGAACUGUUUAAAGUCUCAAGGUUCCGAUGAUAUAUCAUUAUUGCAAGGAGGAAGCGACGGAAAUCCAGCGCAUCAGCAGAGCAGGUCGGAGAGCUAUUCCUCUGCCUCACCCAUGAAUGAAUCACAGGAUCACCUACCCUUUUAUUAUCCUCCGCCUGAGGGUUCCCAUGGUAACCAAGUCAACGAGGAAAAUCAAAUUAGGAUUGCGAAACGUAUUGGAUUGAUACAAAAUCUGCCCACGGGACUGUAUGAUGGAUGCAAGAAGAAUCAAGAGUCGGUAUCUUUGGAUUCUAUCUGUACGUGUAUCAUUUGCAUGGUCGAAUUCGCCUUGGAAGACCCUGUGCGUUAUCUUCCUUGUAUGCACACUUACCAUAAGAAGUGCAUUGACGAUUGGUUGAUGAGGAGGUUGGCAUGUCCUUCUUGCCUUGAGCCGGUUGACGCUGCGUUGCUAUCAACUUUUGAUACCUCUUGAAUCCUGAAAAUUCUUCCGGUGUAUGGACGCGCUUUGAAAACUCCGCAUCGCCCUAGCGCACUCUGACGCUUCAAGAGCAGUGAAGCAAUUUGGUUAGAAUGAACGAAUUACCGAUAGCGAUUGUUAUUCGGGCCAACAAUACCCUCGCGCUGCUCGUCGAGUUCAUUCCUUUAUCAAAGAUUCAAUUCUGGUAUACUUAGGCUUUAAUUUCCACAUUCGGUUGUUCAAAUUAGGAAUCUGACGUAUGCAUAGGAUUUUCGAAGAGAGUCCGAGUUUUCUGGGGCAAUUCUCGGUGAGCGUAUUCCGGGAAUUUUUUUUUUUUACUACGUGAGCGUGAAUUGAAGAAUAGCUUUUGCUCUGGAAAACUAAAAUCACUUCAUGUUGAACUUUUUUUAGUAUGUGUAAAAUCCCCUGUUAGUGCUGUGAAAAUGUUUGCGAGUGGGAUGUGAAAUAUGAUGCAAGGUGACUGGUCGAGAUCCUACGCAAGCAUUCGGGAGAGAUUCUUAGGUGUGAUACGCGAGAGGGGCUUAGAUAUAUGUGACUGUGAUGCUGACUGUUUUUUGACAGUCACAAACCGUGUCUUCAUUCUGCACCACACUCGAAUUGAACCUAUGCUUGCCAGAUGAUGACGUUGGCUGAAGAUGAUCUAUUUCCAGGCUGGCGGUAUUAUUAUUUUCACUUCGCUUUAGUGAAUCUGUGACGCGUGACAUCGUCUACCAACGAUACUUGAUACCUUGUCCUGUUCGGCAGUAUUCUAUAAUUUUUGUCCCUCUUUUCCAUCCUGCGUCUUCGCGAAGACUUAUAACCCACGCGACAUUCCUAUUUUCUCUCUUAAUGAUCACUUGUAUCUGUUCUGAUCUCAGUCAUUUGGGGAAUCUUGUUCGGCGUCUGAAAUUUGUGGAAUUCCUGAAUUUAACAGCUUUUCUUUACAUUUUGAAUUUUGUUUUCUUGCGGACAGAAUUUCAUGAUUUUUAACCUUUUUUGUUCCGGUUAUGUGUGUGUGUGUGUUUUUUCUCCUGACAAGACUUGAGAAUCGUGGGUCGGGUUGGACUAUUACGUUCAUCGUUGAAAAGAUGCCUUAUUUGAUGCUGGAAGUAUAAUUUUCGAAAAAUGGGAUGCUCCUCUGAGCUGUCAAUUUUUUCGUGAGAUAGGUUCUCGAAUGUGGUUGGUCCAUCUGUGUUUAGAAAAAUUUGCUGGUCGUUUUCGUGGUUUGGUACGCUUCUGUGCGUGUCGUAAAGAGGCUAAGAGAAUGUCUCUCGGAAUCUCAUUGAUUUACGAAUGAAAGGAAUGAAAACGGAGUUCACUGUCCCGACUUCGCCUCUUGAAGGCGAUUUUCAAACGUGUACUCCGCUGACGAUGAUGUUCCCUGAUUAAAGGAAUUGUAAUUGUUCUGGCUUAAAGCGUCGUUUGUGCAGUGAUUGAUAUGAUGGAAUGCGGCGCUUUUUUUCUUUUCUUUUUUAAGAUGAAGAAUACAUUUCCUGAAGUAUU